GUUACAUUACAUCAUCCUAAGACUCUUCCGUUAUAGUUUAUAACUUCAAUUAUUUGUUAAAUUCCUUUUCAAACUUGUCCUUACCCACCACAGCAUUUUUUUAUUAGUUCUGGAGAAGAAUAUAUACUUUUGUAUCCUAUAGACUCUAUACAUGUAGAUGCAUGCAUAUCAGAUUGUGGGGAGAGAAAAGAUGGCAACAGAGACCAGCAGAAAUCCAUGUCCGGUGACCGAUAUCAACGGAUUGCCGGAGAAUUGCAUAGCAAACGUGUUGUCGCUCACGAAUCCUCCAGAAACUUGCCGGCUUUCUUUGGUAGCAUCCACUUUCCGGUCGGCUGCGGACUCUGACUCAGUUUGGGAGACAUUUCUGCCGUCAGAUUAUCAGGACCUGAUAGGCCGAGCGUCCGAUUCUUCUCGGCCGGUUUUCGCAUCCAAGAAAGAGCUUUAUCUCCGCCUCUCCAAUCAUCCCCUCAUCAUCGAUGGUGGGACUAAGAGUUUUUCGUUGGAGAAGUGGAGUGGGAAGAAAUGCUUCAUGUUAGCUGCAAGAUACCUCACAAUUGUUUGGGGUGAUACACCGCGUUAUUGGAAAUGGACUUCUCUACCAGAGUCCAGAUUCACAGAGGUGGCAGAGCUUGUCGAUGUGUGUUGGCUUGAAAUUCGUGGGAAGAUACAUACUCAGAUGCUAUCCCCAGCCACAACCUAUGCAGCUUACCUCGUGUUCAAGUGGGCGACAACAGUAUAUGGAUUUGGACACCGAUCAGCCGAGGGUUGGGUAAGAAUCAGUGGGAGUGAGGGAGAAUCACGGAGUUUAUAUCUAGAUCCUGAUGGAUGGCAGUGGCCUCGAACCCAGAUUGUACCAAGGCGAAUGGGGUUUUUUAACCGCAGACCUGCUAACAUGGUGAGACCACUAGCUGCCAUGCUGAGACAAAGCAAUGAUCAAUGUCCCAAGGAGAGAGGAGAUGGGUGGUUCGAGAUGGAAUUGGGUGAGCAUCUUAACAAGAGCGGAGAAGAUGGGGAACUAGAAAUAUGUUUGCAAGAAGUGAAAGGCGGUAACUGGAAAAGUGGCCUCAUUCUUCAAGGAAUCGAGCUCAGGCCGAAGAAUAGUAAAUAAAUGAAAUAAAGAAUGUAUGAGCUAUAUAUAUAUAUAUAUUUUUUUGGUUUUCAUAAUUGGUACUCACACGCAUACCUCCGUGGAGGCUUGAACCCUUGAUCUCCCUUUGAGAAGUAAGAGUCUGAUACCGUUAGGUCACUGGCUCGGCCACUGACUCGUUGGUGUUUGAGCUAUGUUUGAGAUCUGUACGUGAAAAAACUUCUUUUCCAUUGUAAAAAAAAUAAAAUAAAAUAAUUCGAUCUCAAGUUAUGUCUCCUUUGCCUAAUGCAA